AUGGCCAAAGCAAAGGGCAAAAAAGAUGCCAAACAUACGCAGAGCCACAUCCGAGCUCGCCUGGAGUAUCUGCAGCAUGCAGCAACCUAUCUUCACAAUGCCCACAGAUUUCAACCAGGGAAUGACGCAGAGCCCCGUGACUUAGCUUCAGCCCAGCUCGUGCCACUCAGUGAUGACAAGGCUAUCGAGCCAACGCCGGCUGCUACCCAGCACACUGCCAAAGCCCCAUCAGCCAAUCUUUCUAGGGCUUAUAUCUCCCAGAUGCGUGGUGUGUCAUUGAAAACCCAGAUCCGACUGCCGAGAGCCCUGAAAAGAUCCUUCUGCAAACGCUGUGAUACCCUUCUCACGCCUGGGGUCAAUUGCACCCAUGAGAUUCAAAAUGCCAGUCAUGGAGGCAAGAAGCCAUGGGCUGAUGUCUUGGUUGUCCGUUGUCUUGUUUGCAAAGCUGAAAAGCGAUUUCCGCAGACCGAAAAGCGUGGGAAGAAACUGGUGGAUCGCCGGAAGGAGUCACAGCCGCCAAUUCAACUAAAGAAGUCAUGA